AUGGAUGUUUUUGUGAUUGUGAUAUCAACGGCAUUCCUGAUCUCAGCGUUAGCGAUCGUCGUCCAUGAACGUGUCGUGAACGCACAAAAUGUCAGUGGCGCGGAUCAAGUGGCCGUGGAGGCGAAGAACAAAGCGAUGACAAUUGUGGAGGGGCCACGACUAGACAAACAAAUACAGCCACAACAACUCGUCAAACUGACUAAACUAAACCAAACAAAUAGUCCCGAGUUGAGACCAUCCAGUAAACCGCCAAUACAUCUGACUCCAGACAAAAAGUUUUACCAUGACAAUAAGCCCUAUCAUUUUUAUAAUUCUGCGAACAAGUUACACGCCCCUCCGUUACACUUAUACACUAAAGAACCGCUGAAGCUUUCAAAUUCAAUUUAUAAGUUCCCUAAUGUUAUCCCAAUGCAACGAGAGAAUCUUUUCUACCCAAAGCCAAUGCGACAACAGCUCACCUUUGCUGCAUCCACUGGCUAUCCAUUAGUAGCGAAAAGUCCAAAGUUCAGCUUACCAGUCCAAACAAUUAACGGAAUACGAACGGAUUUCGUGAGACCACCAAAAAUUGCUAAUUUAUCAACAACAACAACAACCACAACAACUGCUCCUUCGACAACUAAAAGAAUACUUCGAACGAAGCGAAUAUGGCCAAAAAGGAUAAUAGACAAGAUGAAUUCCUCGUUUUCUCAAAAUAUUUCUUUUAGUUCGGAAAAGUUACUAAAGAAUGAGACAGCUAAUAGUACUGAUUUAGCUACAUCCGCGAGCCGUGUACGCACAAGAUAUGCUGCGACAGAAAGUCCGAUUUACUCAACGACUUUCCAAUCUACGACGCGAGGCUAUCGCAGAGUGACCAGAACUCCAAGAAUAAAAUCAACUACACCCCACCCUUUCGACCAGAUAAAGCCAAAUGAUUGGGUACCGAUAGUACCUUCUCAUUAUACCAACGCAAAGAAAACUUCUCAAACACCCAUCACCAAGCGGUCAGAUGUAUUUUUACAGCCAUACGGGUUUCUUCCUGUGGGUCAGUCACAACAGAAUGCGAACGCCAGGAAGAAUAUAUUUUUUUUUCGUAAAAAGCAACGACAGAAUCCUUAUGUAUUUAAUCCAGAGUUCAGCCCUAAAGUAGUUUACCCGCAAUCUCAAUUGGGCUACGAAGACCUACAAACAGAUGAAACUCAGAGCCAACCAAAAGUAGUUACAAAGAUUAAGCAUCAUCACCACCAUCAUCAUCAUCGCUAUAUAAAAACCGUGGAAAAACCCGUUAAGGUACCGUAUAAAGUUGAAGUUGAAGUGCCAAAACCAUAUCCAGUAGAAAAGAAGGUGCCAGUUCCAGUGCCUGUGGAAAAAAUUAAAGUUGUGGAUAGACCUUACCCUGUCCAAGUAGAAAAAAAGGUUCCAUAUCCUGUCCCGGUCAAAGUUCCUCAACCUGUCCCUGUGAAAGUUGUCGAGAAAGAGUAUGUUCCUAAACCUUACCCUAUUGUUCAUCAUGUCCCAUUUGUCAAACACGUGGAAGUUAAAGUACCACAACCUGUCGCUGUACCAGUGGAAAAGAGAGUACCUUAUCCAGUCCAAGUUCUAUACCCAGUAGAAAAAAAAGUUCCGGUACCGGUGCAAGUCGAAACGAAGGUCCCAUAUCCUGUACCAGUAAAAGUUUUCGUUCCUCAACCUUAUCCGGUCGAAAAAAAGGUACCUUAUCCUGUUGAAGUAAAAGUUAAAGAACCGGUUGAAAUUAUAAGACAUGUGCACGUUAAAGUACCAUAUCCGCAACCUUAUCCAGUAAAAAUACCGCACCCAAUACCUUACACAGUCGAGAAGCGAGUACCCUAUCCAGUGAAAGUAAUUAAGAAGGUUCCAUACCCAGUAGAAGUACUUGUUCCUAAAAAAGUUAAAGUCGAGAAAAAAGUUCCAGUUUACAUCCCAAAACCCUAUCCGGUAGAGAAGCGAGUGCCUUACCCUGUAAAAGUUCCGUACCCCGUAAAAGUACCAGUUAAAGUACCGGUCCGCGUGCCUGUAGAAGUACCUGUGUAUAUCCACCAUCCUUUUCAGAUCGUAAACGACGACGCGAUGGGAGCAGGUGGCGACAACAAUUAUUACGCGGUCUCUGAGAGCAAUUAUUACGCAGACGGAGAAGAUACGUCGUAUCUAAAUCGUUCGGGAGCAGAGAGCGUCACGGACAAUCCUCAACAGACCGUUACUGUGCACGGAAACACUGGCUACGCCGGCUUUAAUUCUCGGUCUGACAAUGAAUCCACGAAAUUGAGUUCAGCGAACACAUCAACGAAAUAA